AUGGCUCCAAGUUGGGUGUUUAUGCAAGAUGAUGCAUCCAUAAACCGCGCUAAACGUACUUUUCAGUGGUUUGACGAGGAGGAAGUUCCUCUCUUAGAGUGGCCUGCCAAGUUACCUGACCUGAAUCCUAUCGAGCAUUUAUGGGGCAUCCUAGCGCGAACGGUUUAUGCACACCAACGUCAAUUUAAGGACGUGGAUGAGCUUUUAGAAGUUAUAAUGGAAGCGUGGGACGAAGUUUCAGAAGAAUGCCUGGAGAAGCUUGUCCGUUCCCUGCAAAAGCGGAGCUUUGAGUGUGUAAUGGCAAAGGGAGGUCCGACGAAGUACUAG